AAGAAAUCAUGAAAGCGAAAAAUGCAACUUUUUUUUAGAAUUACAAGAGACAUCUAAUAUAUAAUUAAAUAAGCAACUCAUAUCUAGGUGGAAUUUUUUUUUAAAAUAACAAGAUGCAUCUAAUAUAUAAUCAAAUAAACAACCCACACGCAGGCGGAACUUCUACAUCACGUAAAGGUGAAAAAACUAUCCACAUGCAGAUGAGACCACUAAUUGAACCCAAACUUUCUCACAAGUGAGAGUCUUUAAAUGACUCAACUUUGCUACUUGAACUAGUCCUCAUUAGCAAUGCAACUUAAUUAGUUAAUAGUAAGAUAAUUUUCCUUUUUGUGGGGAUUGAAAAAAAAAAACACUCGAGAAAGAUGUAAAUUAAAAGCAUCAUUAAAAGACAUCUAUACUUAUUUAUCUCUCUCACUUAUAUUCUCUAGUAACCGUAGCAGUCCUGAAACAAGAAUGGAGAGCUUCAUGCCAUAUCUUCUCUGUCUUCUACUUCUUCCCCUCUCUCUAUAUCUCAUCUCGUUUCUCCACAAGAAGGGCGCCGGUGAUCGGAAAAACCUGCCUCCCGGCUCCAACAGUUGGCUGAGGGAAAAUCUGGCUUUCAACCUAAUAGGCUGCCAGAGAUUUUUCAAACACAGGAUCCAAAAACACUCUGCUGCCCAGAUAUUCAAAACCUCCAUCUUCGGACAGGAAGCGGCGGUAUUUUGCGGCGCGCAAGGCAACAAGUUUGUCUUCACCAACGAGAACAAGCUCGUAUCCUCAUGGUUCACUCCGUCGCUGUGGAAGGCGCUGUUGCCGGUGUUUGCAGCGAACAACGACAAAAACCCGGCUGCCAUAUUCCGCAACUACGACCUGGGCAAGCCGGACGCGUUGAGGCAAUACAUUCCGGUUAUGGACGCGGCGGCGCGGCGGUUGCUGGCGAGGCCUGAUUCAGUGGUGAAGAUGGUUUCGUUGUCCAAGAAGUACUCCUUCGAGUUGGCGUUUAAGCUGUUUACGGAUGUGGUGGCUCCGGAGCUUCUCGAAAAGUUGAUGGAGCCCAUUAGUGUGUUGAGCGCGGGGAUGGUAGCCAUGCCCAUAAACUUACCUGGAACGGCCUUCAGCCGCGCUGUUAGAGCCGGCAAAGUGGUGCGGUCUGAGCUGAUGAGGAUGGUGAAGGAGAGGAGGAAGGAGCUGAGGGAGAAGGGCCAAGGCGAGGGGCGAGACAUGUUUUCCAAGAUGCUGCUUUUGAGUGAUGAAGAUGAGGGAUAUGAUGCCAUGGUUGCCAACUUCAUUCUUGCUCUCCUUGUGGCUAGCUACGACUCCACCGCCUCUGGACUCACGGCUGUCCUCUAUUUUCUCUCUGGGCUUCCACACAUUUACGAGCAGGUUCUCAGAGAGCAAAUGGAGAUUGCGAAAUCCAAAGGCCCCGACGAGCUGCUGACAUGGGAGGAUGUGGAGAAGAUGAAGUACUCAUGGAACGUUGCGCGGGAAUCACUCAGACUAUUGCCACCUGCCAUAGGGGGAUUCAAGGAAGCCAUAACUGACUUCACAUAUGCUGGUUACACCAUUCCUAAAGGAUAUAAGAUGUAUUGGACGCCUUAUUCAUCCCACAUGAAUCCCGACUACUUCCCAGAGCCGGAGAAGUUUGAUCCGUCGCGGUUUGAGGGGAGCGGACCGCCGCCUUACACGUACAUUCCGUUUGCAGGAGGACCGAGAAUGUGCCCAGGAAAAGACUAUGCUAAGGUUGCAAUUUUGGUGUUCAUGCAUAAUCUGGUGACCAGAUUCAGACUUGAAAAGGCUAUCCCCAAUGAGAAGAUCAUGUUCCAUGCUAGGGGUAUGCCAGCUUGCGGCCUUCCGGUUCACCUCCACUCUCAUCCAAAUUAAAUCAAGUGUUUCACUUUUCUUCCAUUGCUCCUGCCUACCUACGACAUGUUCCAUCAGUACCAUGAUUGUGUUCAAUAAUGAUGUAUUUAUGAUCCAGCGAAUUAUGCAAGAUGAUUUAUUUUCUUGA